AUGGCAUCCAGCCUGACUUGUACUGGGGUGAUCUGGGCUUUGCUCUCCUUUCUUUGUGCUGCCACCUCCUGUGUGGGGUUCUUUAUGCCUUACUGGCUCUGGGGAUCACAGCUGGGCAAGCCGGUGUCCUUCGGUACUUUCCGGAGAUGCUCCUACCCUGUGCAUGAUGAAAGCCGGCAGAUGAUGGUGAUGGUGGAGGAAUGUGGGCGCUAUGCCUCCUUCCAGGGCAUCCCCAGUGCAGAAUGGAGGAUCUGUACCGUCGUGACAGGCCUGGGUUGUGGCCUCCUCCUCUUGGUGGCCCUCACUGCCCUCAUGGGUUGCUGUGUGUCAGAGCUCAUCUCCAGGACAGUGGGAAGAGUGGCCGGAGGAAUUCAGUUUCUGGGAGGCUUGUUGAUCGGUGCUGGCUGUGCCCUCUACCCCUUGGGCUGGGACAGCGAGGAAGUCCGUCAGACUUGUGGCUAUGUCUCUGGCCAGUUUGACCUGGGUAAGUGUGAGAUCGGCUGGGCGUACUAUUGCACGGGAGCGGGUGCUGCUUCUGCCAUGCUGCUGUGCACAUGGCUGGCCUGCUUCUCGGGCAAGAAACAGAAGCAGUACCCCUACUGA